AUGAACAUCGUCGACGUGCGGCCGACGUCCGAGGGCGGGCUGACGGUGACGGUGGACGUGGAUAUGGACACGCACGGGGGUCAGGGGGGCCACGACAUCCAGCUGUCGCCGUGGUGGCUGCUGUCGCAGGUCGGCCUGGACUCCAAGGGCAGGAAGCAGCCGCCGCUGCAGCUCCGUCUGCCCCGCCGCUAUAAGCCGGAGCACUGGGAUGGGGAGUCGCUGUCUCGUCGGAUCAGGCGCGUAGACUACGCGUCCUUCAUGCAGGAGGCGUCGUCGCCGUCGUCGCCUGAUAAUGUACCGUUCUGGGACGUGGUGGGCAACUUGAUGCGCCUGGGAAUCGUGGUGCUCACUGGCGUGCCCCGCGACGAGGACUCCGUAGCCCGCAUCGCCAACCGCGUCGCCAACGUGCGCGAGACCUUCUACGGACACACCUUUGACGUGCGCGCCAAGCCCAACGCCGAGAAUAUUGCCUAUACCAGCGGCUACCUCGGCCUGCAUCAGGACCUGCUGUACCUCGACCCCCCGCCCUUCAUCCAGAUCCUGCACUGCAUGGACAACUCCUGCGCCGGCGGCGAGUCCCUCUUCAGCGAUGCCGACCGCGUCGGGAGGCUGCUGGCCGCCCUGCAGGACGACUACCCCGCCCCCGUGCAGUGCCUGGCCAGCGUCCCCAUCCCUUACGGUUACCGUCGCGACGGGAACUGGUACCACCAGCGGAGGAAGCUGCUCAAUCUCGCCUUGCGCGACGCGAAGCUGUACGAGAACGUCUACUGGAGUCCGCCCUUCCAGGCAGAGAUGACGAUCCCUGCCCCCGACAUGGCGGAAUGGAUCCCCGCCGCCCGCGUCUUUGAGGACGCCGUCAACAGCCCAGGGGCAGUGUAUCAGACCCGCAUGGAGCCGGGUGACUGUGUCCUGUUCAACAACCUGCGCGUGCUGCACGGCCGGCGUGCCUUCGACGCCGAAGGUGGCUCGCGCUGGCUGCGAGGCACGUACAUCUCCCGCGAGGACUUUCUCAGUACUGCCAUGCACGCCCCGGAAACCCAUGCCGCACCCGUCGACAAUCCGCAUACCUGGUGGGAUCCAGAUGAGUCAAAUAGGGAGCUGUUGGAAUCGCCCCUUUGCUUGGAGUUAAAGGGACGUCUACUCAAAUGUCAAAAUCCUUCGUAG